GCCGAGAAAGAGACCUAUAAUAUUGAAAAAUUGAGAAAAGAUUUUUCAGCCAUUUGUUAAUAUUAGAAGUUUAACUGAACUAACCUACAAGAUGGACAAAACUAAUCAGUCUUUAAAAGAAAUGGGUAUCAUAGAUCCUAAGAAUCGAAUCAAAGCUCUUACAGAUCAUGCUUCGAGAGUAGUAAUUGAUCCGAAUAUUGCGCCUAAAAGAUAUUAUCGUACAGGAGUGGAAAUGGUCAGAUUAGCAGACAUGAAUAUGCAAGAUGGCAGUUAUGAAAAUGCUUUUACAUUAUAUAUGAAAUUUAUAACACUUUUUGUGGAUAAAAUAAGGGGCCAUCCGCAAUAUAAUAGCGUAUCAGCCAAGGAUAAAGCAAUGAAUAAAGAUGCUCUACGAAUAGUCAUUCCUAAAGCUGAAAAACUGAAGAAACAGUUAUUAGAGCAAUAUCAAGCAGAGUUCGAUAAGUAUUUAGAGGAUUUGAAAGAAAGAGAAAGGAUUGAAAGAGAGCGUUUGAGACAAGAAGAACUUCAAAGGCAAAAAGAAGAGGAAAAUAAGAGGAACAAAAUGGCUGCUCUAGCUGCUGUUAAAGCGGCUAAAACUGCUAUUACUGUACCAAUGGAGACAAAAUAUUUGCCUUCCAUUGCAUCAAAAACUGUGAUAAAUCUUGCAAACGAUGAUAAAGCAUUAAAGAUCUCCAAAGAAAUAAAAACACCGACAGUGGAUCGUUCUACAAAACCUUCGUUAUUGACGAGCAACGGAUUAUCAUUGCGCGACAUUAUUCUGCCGACCAAAUUAAUGCACAACUUUCUGACGCUUGCUUUCAACAACACAACAAGCAAUAAAGAAACAUGUGGUAUUCUGGCUGGGCGAUUGGAGCGAAAUAAAUUGAUGGUAACACAUUUAUUGAUACCAGAACAAACUGGAACUCCAGAUUCUUGUACUACACAUAACGAAGAAGAUAUCUUCGAUUAUCAAGAUCAGCAUAAUCUUAUCACUCUCGGUUGGAUUCAUACCCAUCCUACGCAGACUGCAUUUUUAUCAAGCGUAGAUCUUCACACGCACUGUGCUUAUCAGUUGAUGAUGGCAGAAGCUAUAGCGAUAGUUUGUGCACCGAAAUAUGAUGAAACAGGGUUCUUUAUCUUAACACCCGAUUAUGGCUUGGAUUUUAUCGCAAAUUGCAGAGAAACAGGAUUUCAUCCACAUCCUACUGAACCACCACUAUAUACAAAAGCAAGACACUACAAAUUGGAUGUAAUGGCACUCCAAGUCGUGGAUUUACGAAGAAAAUGAUAUAUCUCAGACACAAGAUAAUUAUAUGUUUUACUGAAAAAUAUUUUUAAUUAAUUUCUUUUGGAAAAUAGCAAUUUAUAAUAAAAAUCGCGAAUCUCUUAUUACGCAAUUAGUACAUAAUUACACAAUAUUGAAAAUCUAUGACCAGUGAACAAUUAAUUUAAUCAAUGAAAAUAAUAUGAAAUGUAUUAAUAUUUUUAAAAAUGCGUUAUAUUCAACGUUUACAACGUUUAGGAUUUAAUAUAUGAUUAGCAAACAGACAGAAGAUACAUAAGAAAAAUCAUUACAAAU